AUGGUGGUGGACUUGGCCUCCUUUUCGAGACUUCAUAUUCUUCUUCUUGGAAACAUGCAAACGUCUAAGUAUGCAAAGCUGCCUCUAACAUCAAAUGAGGUCCCUGUGGAUACUGACACCGUGACUGACCAGAAGUUGAUUGAAGAUGCCCCUAUGGUGGUGGACUUGGAAUCUUGCGCAAGUGCUGCUGAUGUGGUGGACUUACUCGAUAGCCCAUUACCUGCAGAGAAACCAAACGAUUCCCAAUCACCAGCUGCUGGAUGCUUGACCUUGUUAGACUACCCAGAACGUCCGGAGUCUCCCGAACAGCCAGCAGAAUCGCUCCUGGAGGAAUCGCAGGUUGAAGAAACUCGUGGCCUGGCAGGUCAUUCCGAGAUUCCAGCAACCCAGAAAGAUAAGGACGAGGAAAGCGACGAUGCCGGUGAAAGAGCUGCCAAGGGAGCCUUUCAGGACCACAAGCCGCUUGCUGAGUUACCACCUGAUCCUUCAGAGGAUCUGCUGCAACGGGCUGCAGAGGAAGCUGCCAGUGAUUUAGCUCUUCAGGAAAAUUCUAACAACAAGACAAGCCUGCUGGAGGCGCAGAGAAAGAUGCGCAAUUCUGUCAAGCACGAUGAUGGAACCUUGGAUAGCCACGGCCAGAUGCUCAUCAGAGGUGGUGGGCACAGGACAAAGGGUACUAAAAGGGACGCAGACCUGUUGCAAGAGGAUGAGCAAAUAGAGCUUGAACGUCACUCAGAACCAAGGGGUAGAGGAAAAGGAAGGGGCAGGGGCCGGGGAAAGGGUAGAGGCAAAGGACGUAAGAGGCUUCAACCAAGUCCCGAGCGACUUGAGAUGGAGGUUCCGAAGAAGGCCAAGGUUUCCGGGGAGUCGACCACUCCAAACACUCCUCCUCCAAAGGAGAUUGAGCCCAAGGGAGGUGAUACGCCCAACCAGAAGGAAGGUCCUCCAAUGGAGGUUGAGCCCAAGGGAGUUGAAACGCCCAUGGUUGCACCCUGCGCACGUGAACCUGGAAAGAAGAAAGGUCCUCCAAAGGAGGUUGAGCCCACGGGAGGUGAUACGCCCAUGGUUGCACCCUGCCCAAGUGAACCUGACCAAAAGGAAGAGACAGAGGACAUGCCUGAAGGAAAGAACAAGACUGGGUCACCUCCCCCUGGUGAUACUGCAGAGCCAAAAAGUAGGCCUAAAAGGAAGAGUAAAAAGCCAAAGGUUGAAGAGCAGGAGCAGGGGAGAUAUAUUUUCUCAUUUUAA